CUCCUAUCCUUCAAUUCCAUGCAUCUAUAAAUUGCCCUUGCCAUCUUCACACCUCCUCAUUACCUCGCCAUUCAUUACUUACGAAAUUUAUUUACCUUAAUAUAUAAUAAUUCCAUAUAUCCUCUCCUCAACACCUGUCCCUCAAUUCCCAGGGCAGGGUGAAAAAUGGAGUCAUUGAAGAGGGCCGUAGUAUGUUUGAUAUUGCUCCUCAUAUGGGGGGACGGGUCGAAAGCCCAAAGCCACAGGAUCGACAGUCGUUACAAGAACCCGAAGCUGCCGAUGGCCCUGCGGGUUAGGAGCCUGUUGGCCCAAAUGACGCUCAAGGAGAAAAUCGGGCAGAUGUCCCAACUGAACCACGUCAACAUAACGGCGGACAUCCUGAGAGAAUAUUCCCCCGGGAGCCUCAUCAGCGGGGCCGGUGAGACCCCACGCCCAGACAAUCGAGCCACCCCACAGGAUUGGAUCAACUUUGUCAACGACUACCAGAAAGGCUCCAUGUCUAGCAGGCUCGGGAUACCCAUGCUCUAUUCCAUUGACUCAGUCCACGGCCACAACAGCUUGUAUCGGGCUACCAUUUUUCCUCACAAUGUUGGACUUGGCGCCACAAGAGAUCGAGACCUUGUGAAGAGGAUUGGAGCGGCUACGGCUCUUGAAACGAGAGCGACCGGCAUUCCCUUUGCCUUUGCGCCAUGCAUAGCCGUUUGCAGGGACCCGAGGUGGGGCCGGUGUUACGAGAGCUUCAGUGAGGACCCACUCGUUGUUGAAGAGAUGACUGAUAUCAUCCUUGGUUUACAAGGAGACAACGGCGCUAAAGGUGUCCCUUACGUUGGUGGAAAAGACAAAGUGGUGGCCUGUGCAAAACACUAUGUUGGUGACGGUGGCACAACAGAUGGAAGAGACGAAAACAACACGAUCGCAAACUGGCACGGGCUUCUGAGCAUGCACAUGCCCGGAUACUACCACGCCAUCAUCAAGGGCGUCUCCACAAUAAUGGUCUCCUAUUCCAGUUGGAACGGCCAGAAAAUGCAUGCAAACAGGACUCUCGUCACCGAUUUCCUCAAGGGCGUCCUUAAUUUCAGAGGAUUUGUCAUUUCCGAUUGGCAGGGUGUGGAUCGGAUGACUGAUCCGUGGGGAACUAACUACUCGGCCUCACUAGCUACAGCCAUUAAUGCCGGUGUUGACAUGGUGAUGGUGCCUCCAAAUGCAACCGAGUUUCUUCGUUUAAUGACUUCCCAUGUGGAGAACAAUCUAAUUCCUAUGAGCCGAAUUGACGAUGCUGUGAGUAGGAUUCUGAGGGUGAAGUUCAUUGCCGGUCUCUUUGACCAACCAUUGGCCGAUAAUAGUUUGGUCGGUCAAAUUAGAAAACAGGAACAUAUGGAUCUUGCAAGAGAGGCUGUCAGAAAAUCACUUGUUCUCUUAAAGAACGGGAAAGAAGCCGGCAAACCCAUGAUACCUCUUCCCAAAAAAACAUCAAAGAUAUUAGUCGCCGGAACACACGCUAACAACCUCGGAUUACAAUGUGGCGGUUGGACAGUUUUCUGGCAAGGAAUUCGUAACAGCAGCCUCAUAGCUGGGACCACAAUACUUAAUGGAAUCACGCUCACGCUAGAUCCGAGCACGCAAGUUGUGUACAGUGAGAACCCAGAUUCGGACACAUUAGCAGAGGCCGAUGAAUAUUCGUAUGCCAUUGUAGUGGUAGGAGAGCUGCCUUAUGCCGAGCAGUUUGGAGACAAUUUUAACCUAACCAUUCCAGAGCCUGGCUUAAGCACUAUCAACAAUGUGUGUGACAAGAUCAAAUGUGUUGUGGUGUUAAUUUCUGGCAGACCGUUAGUUAUUGAGCCUUAUCUUCCGAAAAUCGAUGCACUUGUGGCUGCAUGGCUGCCCGGAGCCGAAGGCCAAGGUGUAGCCGACGUGCUAUAUGGUGACUAUGGUUUUACAGGCAAAUUGCCAAGAACUUGGUUCAAGAGAGUAGACCAACUUCCCAUGAAUUUCGGGGAUGCGCAUUAUGAUCCUCUGUUUCCCUAUGGUUUUGGGCUGACCACAAAACCAACCGGAGGAGCCAUAAGUAGCCACACCCGGAGUCAAGUCCCCAUGGGCAUCCAGAUCAUUCUAAGCUUCCUGGUGCUGCUUGCAUCAUGGACUGGAGCCAUGGCCUUGACCCAUGACGAACCAAAUAUAAUAAACACACUGUACAAAGACCCGAAACAACCCAUGGCCUUGCGCAUAAAGACCCUCCUCGACCAAAUGACCCUGAAAGAGAAAAUCGGACAGAUGGCCCAGAUUCCUCAGCCCAAUAUCACGGCAGAGAUUCUCAAAGAAUAUUCCAUCGGCAGCGUACUUAGUGCAGGUGGCAACACGCCUCGCCAAGACCCCCGGGCCACCCCUGAGGAGUGGGUCGACAUGAUCAAUGCCUUCCAGAAUGGAUCCUUGUCCAGCAGGCUCGGGAUUCCAUUGCUUUACGCCAUUGACUCUGUGCAUGGCCACAACAGUUUGUAUCGAGCUACCAUUUUUCCUCACAAUGUGGGCCUUGGUGUAACCAGAGAUCCAGAGCUUGUGAGAAAGAUCGGAGCUGCUACAGCUGUUGAAACUAGAGCCACAGGCAUUCCCUAUGCCUUUUCUCCAUGUAUCGCGGUAUGCAGAGACCCGCGUUGGGGUCGAUGCUACGAGAGCUAUUCUGAGGAUCCACAAAUUGUUACAGACAUGACAGACAUCAUCCUCGGCCUACAAGGCGAUAAUGGAAGAAAGGGAGUACCUUACGUUGGUGGAAAGGACAAAGUUGUGGCUUGCGCAAAGCACUUUGUGGGUGAUGGUGGCACGGUCAAUGGAAUAAACGAGAACAACACAAUCAUUGAUUGGCAUCGACUAAUGAGCAUUCAUAUGCCCGGAUACUACCAAGCAGUGAUCAAGGGGGUCUCUACCAUUAUGGUUUCUUUUUCGAGUUUGAAUGGGCAGAAGAUGCAUGGAAACAAGCAUCUCGUUACCGAUUUCCUCAAAGGCACCCUCAGAUUUAGAGGAUUUGUCAUUUCAGAUUGGCAGGGUAUCGACAAAAUGACCGACCCAUCGGGAUCCAACUACUCCACCUCUUUAGCAACGGCCAUCAAUGCCGGAGUUGACAUGGUGAUGGUCCCACCAAAUCACACGGAAUUUCUCCGUAUCAUGUCUUCCCAUGUUGAAAACAACAUUAUCCCAAUCACUCGUAUUAACGAUGCCGUGAGUAGGAUUUUGAGGGUGAAGUUCACUCUAGGCCUUUUCGAAAACCCUUUGGCAGAUUAUAGCUUAAUUGGUCAGAUUAACAACCAGGCUCAUAAAGAUCUGGCAAGAGAGGCCGUGAGGAAAUCACUCGUCCUGCUAAAGAACGGAAAGGAUGCAAAAAAACCUUUGCUUCCACUCCCGAAAAAGACAUCAAAAAUCCUUGUUGCGGGAACCCAUGCAAACAACCUCGGACUACAGUGUGGCGGCUGGACAGUCAACUGGCAAGGAGUUGAAAACAACACCCUCAUAUCAGGAACAACUAUACUAAACGCAAUCACCGCCACAGUUGAUCCCAGCACAGAAAUCGUGUACAGUGAGAACCCUGACUCAGAAUUAUUAUCAAAUGCUGCUAAAGAAUUUUCAUACGCUGUUGUGGUGGUGGGAGAGCACACUUAUGCAGAGACAUUUGGAGACAACCUAAAUCUCAGUAUUCCAGAACCGGGUUUAAGCACGAUGAAAAAUGUCUGCAACAAAAUCAAGUGUGUUGUGGUUUUAGUUUCAGGACGGCCACUAGUUGUAGAGCCGUAUCUUUCAAAGAUAGAUGGCCUUGUAGCUGCAUGGCUGCCUGGAACUGAAGGUCAAGGAAUUGCUGAUGUGCUGUUUGGAGACUACGGUUUUACAGGAAAGCUGGCAACAACAUGGUUCAAGAGAGUCGAUCAGCUUCCCAUGAAUUUCGGUGACAAGCACUAUGAUCCUCUUUUCCCCUUUGGCUUUGGACUAACCACACAUCCUGUUGUUGCUGAUAUGUAGACCGACCAACCGACCGGCUGUAUAUUAUUGUUUAUAUCGAUUUCUUUGUACACUAAAUUUAAGUUACUCUGAGUUUGACUUUUGUAAAGGAGAAUGAUGCUUGUAUAUACAAACCCAAAAGGGAGAUGAUAUAAUCCUGCUUUAUUGAUUCUGUGAAAUAUGAUAAAAUUACCUGGACAAGUUGUUUAUAUGUUGGUCUUUAUUGUUUUC